UGGUGCCACGUCAGCCUCUGCCACCCGUUCCAGCAGCGCAUGCCAGCAGUCACCCGCUCACAGACGGGCGACAUGGAAUGGAAGCAAGGAGAGAUUGAGGAGGCCUACGAGGCCCGCAUGUUGGACCAACUAGCUAAAUGGAAGAAGAGGGCAGAUGGGGCCACCACAGCAAGGAGAAAGCAAGAGGAGGAGGCACAACAACAACAUCAGCUUGCGGAGGAACAACGCCGAAAGCACAAUGAAGCAGCAGCAAAGGUUGUCGAUGAGGAACGCAGACUACGACGCGAUAGGGUAUUCAAGGAGGAGAGAGAACUACUCGAGCUGGCCAGGGAAUGGCAGACGGAGGCAGAAAGCCAGGAAAUCAGCAACAGGAGGCUUUCCCGCUUCACGGACCUCUUUGCUACCUACAUUGCACAGCAGGAGGACAUCCACUGCCUCGACGACGCAGUCGAUGACCACAAGAAGAUGGUCGCACAAUUGACCAGCCCCGUACAAUUGUUGGAACAACGACCCACAGCCACUCCCGCCGACCCAUCCAACCUCGCCGAGUGGUCAACUUGGACACAACAACUUCUUGAUCGCUACAACGAAGCCGUGCCAAUUUAUUUCACACCCCAUGCAUGCGAACCGGUUACGUUUGACGUCUUGGACACAGACUUCAACAUUAUUUUGGGGACGCCUUGGCUCGCAAGUGCGGACCACACGGUCAACUUCCAUCGGCAGACGCUUACCGUUCGCGAUGCCUUUGGGGCCGAGGUGUCGUGUACCAUCCCUCUUCCUCACCCUUCGAUCCGAUGCCAAGUUGUGACGGCCAAGUCCUUUCGGGUCACUUCUGCUUACGAGCGGACUGACAAGAUCACCCUAUGUUCUCUUCAGACCGUCGCGGCGACCGAAUCUUCACCCACGGACUUGUCUUCAAACACCCACGUGUUGCGGUUGCUUGACGAGUUCGCCAACGUCUUCGAGUCUCCUACUGGUGUGCUGCCGGAUCGGCCGAUCUCCCAUGAGAUAAUUCUUGAUGUCGGUGUCGUGCCGCUGAAAGGAUGCAUCUGUCGCAUGAGCGAGGAAGAGCUCGUGGUUCUCCACACGCAACUCGAUGACUUGUUGGACAAGGGUUGGAUCCGCCCUAGUAGCUCACCUUACAGUGCGCCGGUUCUCUUCGUAAGGAAGAAGAACAAGGAUCUUCGCCUAUGCAUUGACUAUAGCAAGCUCAACGCGCAAUCCGUCGAGAAUGUGGGGCCUCUUCCUCAUAUCGGUGAUCUUCUUGAACGUUUGGUCGGCACAAAGUAUUUCUCGAAGUUGGAUUUGAAGUCGGGAUAUCAUCAAAUUUCCAUACGCCCGCAAGAUCACCUCAAAUUCACUUUUAAGACGCCGUACGGGAAUUUUGCAAGGGUUGUCAUGCCUUUUGGCCUCACCAAUGCCCCCAUGAUUUUUCAAGCGGCGAUGACCAACGACUUCUUCGCGAUGUUGGACCGGUCUGUGUUGGUCUACUUGGACGACAUUCUCGUCUAUAGUCGGACCUUGGAGGAUCACCUCGAGCACCUUCGACAUGCGGGUGGGGGGAGGUGGAGGGGAGGGGACCAGCGGACGGAGGCGACGGCGAGGUGGCCCCCGAGCAGAGAAGAGGUGGCUGGAGGCAAGGAGGAGAUGGUGGGUGGUGGCGGAGGGGAGGUGGGCGAAGGCGGAGAGGAGAUGGCAGGAGGAGGAGGAGAGGUGGGCGGGGUGGAGGCGAGGUGGGCGUCGGGCAGAGAAGAGGUGGGCGGAGGCCGAGUGGAGAUGGUGGGCAGAGGCCGAGAGGAGAUGGUGGGCGGUGGCGGAGGGGAGAUGGUUGGAGGAGGCGGAAGGGAGGCGGGCGAAGGCGGAAGUUGCGUACCUUGCUCUGCAGCUGCUGCUUUCCACAACUCACUUGUGAAUCUGACAUCCCUGUCACUAACUAUGGAUUAGGUAAUCCAAAGUCUCUAACCCAAAUCUCUUUGAACAUCUUAAUCACGUACUUCGUUUUAGAUGUUGUCGGCAUCGCAACUAGUCUAGCAAACUUACUAAACCAAUCCACAAUGACGUAGAUGUAGCGCAUUCCACUCUUGUUGGUGACCAGCGUAUCCAUGAAGUCCAUGGACAAGCUCUCACCAGGCCUUUCCGAAAUCGGACGGGGCUUCAGCAGCCCAAGAGGAGCCUGAGUACGUGACUUGUCCCUCUGACAGACCUAACAAGUCUCCACGUAUAACUUAGCAUCUCUCAUCAAUGUGGGCCACCAGAACCGCUGCAGCAGAUUGGUCGCGGUCUUCUUGUACCCAAAAUGGUCGGUGGCAUCAUGGCACUCGCCUAAAAACAAACUACGCAAAGACUC